AGUCCAUUCAACAUGUCUCUUGGUUUCUACAUAAAAACGCAGAUGUGACUGCUGCACGUUUCUCGUCAUAGACCUGUAGGAACUGGCUGCUGGCGCAGCAGUGUUGAGUCAACGCUACAUCUGGGAGGCUGAGGCAGCAGCAGCAGCAUCUCUGGUGUGAUGUGGCGAGACAGAGAGGGGAUGACAUAGCGACAGCAUCCGCUAACCAUACUGCCGCAUCAGAGCGCAGCUUCCUCUUUAAGUCGGGUUUAACGUGUUUCCGUUAGAUAACGCUGAGUGUUUGCGCCGCCUGGUUCUCGCAUCAGUUGCCAUCGGGCUAACCUCACGGAGAUUUUGAUCAAAGUUGCUGCUAGCUCGCGUUAGCUCGCCGCUACCCUUCAAACAUUCAAGCGGCCACAUAAAACAUGCGGAGUAUCGAGGCCGAGACCCCUGGGAUAUCUUUAAGCGCUUCCCGCAGGACACGACCUUCGGCUGGACGCUGACUGGACUCUGCAUAGCUGCUGUAGAGGACAGAGAGCGACAGAUCUCAAGGACCAGAUUGUCUGCCGAACUUCUUGCCUCCUAAGACAGAUCGCCAGGGACCAUGCUGACCAUCUUGGCUGCUGGCUCUGUAUUUUUUCCAGGCCUUUUUCUUCUGUCCAAACAAUGCCUGAAGUCCAUCCCAGCACUGAGAUGGAGCGAAGGAGAUGCGGUCAUCGUAUCGGCCAGGUUGGUAUCAUCAGUUCAGGCAGUCAUGGCUUCUUCAGCUGGCUACAUCAUUGCAUCUUCCUGUAAGGACAUAAUUGAGGACCAGCACUGGCUCACAAGCACCUACAUCAUGUUUGCUGUCCCCUACUUUGUCUACGACAUCUACGCCAUGUUCAUGUGCUACUGGUACAAGCUACGGGUGAAAGGUCACGAGGAGGCCUUGACGGCCCCCCAACACAUGCGCUCAGCAGUGAGGAGCUACCUGCGUCGCGAGUUCCUCAUGGUCCUGCACCACGUUGUCAUGGUCACCGUCUGCUUCCCCGUGUCCGUGUUUUGGCGACAAGGAAAGGGCGACUAUUUCCAGGGCAUAAUGUUCAUGGCUGAGUUUAGCACUCCAUCUGUCUGCUUAGGAAAAAUACUCAUCCAGUACAAACAGCAACACACUCUGCUGCACAAAGUGAACGGGGCUCUUAUGCUGGUCACUUUUUUCAUCUUUCGAGUCCUACUCUUCCCUUACCUCUACUACGUCUAUGGAAGGUAUGCGUCGAUCCCCUUCCACAUGGUUCCCCUGACGGUACCCUGGCACUGUAACGUCGGCGCCGCCCUGCUCAUGGCGCCCCAGCUCUACUGGUUCUCCCUCAUCUGCCGGGGCGCUCUGCGAUUAUUCACCGGCGCGUCGCGCUCCCAGCGGCCGCGGGCGCCUUCCACCGACCCCAAGGAGCACCCGGCGGACGGCAACGCGCUGCCUCAGCCCGCUAACGGCUACAGCGCGCGCUCCACAGAGCCAGAGCUGACCACCCACUGAGAGGAGGAGGCAGGAGGAGGAGGAGCGGCGGCGUAGGGGGGAGGAAGGCGAAUGUACCAAUGAGUAUGUAAACAGGAAGGAGAGCAAAAAGUAAAACUUCUAAAAUCACGCUGAAGUGUUUCAGAGCUAGCAAACGGCUGAAACGAAGCGGUGGCUGACCUUCAAGUACUUCAGCUUGGUAGUUUGUAGGAACCAAAUGGAGCUUUAGGGCACCUUAGUAUUUAAGAUGUCAUCAAGCACUGUGACGGAUAGGAACAUGCACUGACCCGGGAGGAACCUGCCUGGAUAUUUAGCAAGUGUAGGUGGCCAUUUCCCCUCAUGUAGAUCAAAUACAGUCCUCGCUGCCUCGUAUUAUAGGAAGAGCAGGAAAAUAGGAAUGUAUUAUAUUGUAUGUUAGUAUGUUUGCUGUAGAUGAAAGUUCCGAUUCAGUUUAGUAACGAAGAAGACCUUCAAAAAAUAACAAAAAAGAAAAAAAAAAAAAACCAGCUAAGCAGUAUUUUGACUUGUUAGUGUUUAUCUGUAUCCUCUAUGUAGUCACUCACUGUCACUCUAACAAAAUGUAACCAACCUGCAGACUGACUCAUCUUUAAAGGGAGAUACGUCAUUAUACUGUAUUCUGCUGCCUUACCCCCUCACUCCUCCAGGUUCAUUUGCGAUUUUAAUUUAGUCUUUGAGACGGAAAAAAGGCUUUCGUCAGACACCAAAAUGUGACGGUUGUACAUAGCAGAUGUAAAAUGGUCUUUUCCAUGUCAGUAUUAUGUGAAGGAGGAAAAGAUUUAAUUUUAUUUAUUUAUUUUUAUUUGGCUGCACGUUAGCACUGCUGUAGUGAGAAAAAAUGGAAUGGGAACUGUACUCAGAUAAAGUUUAAAACUAAUACAUCAAUAGCUAGGAAAUAUUAAUCUUUAAUAUUCAAACAAAAUGUUAAAAAAACAAAAAUCCUUAUCCCCCAAAUAAAGAAAAUAAAUUUAGCAUUUUAAAUCCAUAAUCAAAUCAGGCGUUUAAAAGAAAACUCUUUAUUUUAAAAAGGAAAUCUCUACAUUUUUCAACCAAAUCAAAGAAAAUGUAUCACUAAACAAGGAAGUAGAAGCUUUUUCUGUGAUUCCUAAAUUUACUGGUUAAAAGGUUAACUUGACUUCUUUUUCUGCUUUACUCCCAAAAAGCAUCCUUCAAAAAAAAUUAGGAAUCACUUGAUAAAGUCCUGACUUUGAAAACUCUGAAGGAAGAUAAGAUUUGCAGUGUUGUUGACCAAGAAUGAAUAUAUUGUUAAUGACAGCUUUAAAAUAGUUACAAAUAUCACCACUACUAAUUUACUGUUAUUAAUUAUUUAAGUGUCGAAAAGCGAUAAAGGAUAAAUAUUAGAGCCAAGCAUGAAAACAUUAAUUUAAUUGUUGAAACUCGGAAUGUGAAAUUAGAGCUGGCUGGUGGGUGAUGAGCUCGGCUGGAACGGGGCCCCCAAAUCAAGUUCAGCUUUGGGCCCCGUUCAGCUUUGUUUGAUGCUUCGCAUCAAUUUAUCACUUUCAUCAGAAAAAAUUCUGACAUUUUUAUCUGUUUUAUUCCAAAACCUGAGUAAUAUUCCUAAUUCUGUGUUUAACUAUAACAGGCCUAAUAUGUUCUCACAUAUUUUAGCACCUGAUUAUUAUUAUUAUUAUUAUUAUUAUUAUUAUUAUUAUUAUUAUUAUUAUUAUUAUUACACAGAUUUAUUGAACAGUAAGCAUCAAGCAGUUGGUUUUACAGCUUAGUGUGUGCAAAUGUCUCAGAAAGGUUUUAGCUGUGCUUCUUGUUUCCGUGUAGUUUUAAUGUCAUUCCAUUCACUGGUCUCACAUUUAAAUCCCAUUUUGCCACAAACAGAUACACACUUCAUGCUUCUUCUUCUUCUUCUUUUGUCUUUAUAAGUUCGAUGCUGCUGUUGAUCUUAAAUUAUCCGUUUGCUUGGCAGGACUAUUUCACAAAGGGAUUCACAAGAUUUCAGUAUUUUUAAAUCUUAGUCAGGAGACUUUAUGUGUGAAGGGAAACAAGAAUGGAGAGUUACCUCAGCGGGAACUGACGCGCAGCACAUCUGUCCUUAUUUUCUUCUGUUUGUUUCUGGUUUUUAAAAAAUCUUUUCAGAAUGCCCCCUAUCAUUGAGCGUCUGGUUCCAUGAACCACCUAUGAACAAACUGGCUUCUUUUAUCACUUUAUGUUGCUGUAAUUCAGCUGCAGAGUCCUGGAAAUUGGUUUUAAGAAAAAAAAAAAAACCUAAAAAAAAAAAAACACACAAAUCAAAGCGUGAAAUGGUGGGCUGUGCUGAAGCGUUGGGACCCCUGUUGGCAUGUUGAACACUGAAUAUCCAUUCACUCCGUUCCAUGGAUCCAUAAAGGUACUGCUUCUUGACAAUAUUGGAACAUUUCAACUGCUGUACUGUAUAUUCCAGAAAUGCUUGUUAUUUAUUUGUAAGUAAUUAUUUAUUUAUUUAUUUGGUUUGUGGAUUCGAAUGCAUAUUUAUGCAUACAUAUACUCUAUGCUUUUGAGCCUUAUGUGAAGGCUGUAUUGUUACUCGAACUUAGCUAAAAUAUACUUCUUUCUGUCCUGA